AUGAUUCCGCUGCCACAGCUGCUUAAACGCCGGUACAUCUUUCUGGUCGUCUCGGGUAUCGUUCUUCUCGCCAUCGUCAACGGCUUCUACCUUAACCUUCUCCCUGUCCCGAGCGUCAUUCGCGGCUCCGCGGAGACAGAAGGAGCUCAACGACCCGAUUUCGACGAGGCUGCGCCGCAUCCGAUCGAUGGAUUAAUUCGCGAUGCCCAAGCGAAAUGGGAUCAGUUACUGUCGAAGCGCGUGGAUUCCCUAGCUGAUGCAACCAAGCAAUAUCGAGACCGAAGAGGCCGUCACCCGCCGCCCGGCUUCGAUCAGUGGUUUACCUUUGCGAAACAGAAAAAGGCAGUACUCAUCGAAGACCUGUUCGAUCAGAUAUAUGAUGACUUGAGUCCAUACUGGGGGUUGGAUCCUCAAGUAAUUCGGCGCCAUGCAACUCACUCAGAUCCACGUAUCAUUAUUCGCAACCAUACACUGUCCUCUGUCGGUCAUACUGGCGUCAACUGGCUCGAGGUCUGGAUGGAUAUGAUCUCGACUAUCCAGGAGUUUCUACCUGAUAUGGACAUCCCACUGAAUGGUAUGGACGAACCGCGCAUCAUCGUCCCAUGGGAGACCGUCUCAGAAUAUCGCGCCAAAGACCGCGAUCUUCAACAACAACUCGAUCCAAGGAUGGCCGUUGAUCAGUAUAUGACUCUGUCAUCCGAGGAACAGUCUGCGGAAUACUCGCCUCCCGCAUUCCAGGGAGCUGACAAGCCUUUCUGGGAUAUCAUGCGCGGUGCAUGUCCUCCCGAGAGCCCCGGACGCACCAGCAAUAUCCAAAAAGUUGAUUUUGCCAACCCUCCAGCCGAAUUCUUCAACUACCGUAACUCCUUCUCUGAAAAUGGAUAUGUGAGAGACUUUGAGCGCUCCAAGGACCCCUGCUGGCGGGCGGAGCUGCAGGCAUUACAUGGUAGCUUUAUCGAACCUACCACUACAUCUACCACACACGAAUUGAUCCCGUUAUUCGGGGGUUCAAAGCUAACCGUUAACAACGAGAUCCUUAUACCACCCGCGGUGUACUGGGAAGACAACCCUACUUAUUCUGGCGGAAAAAGCAACCAUGGCGGCCCGUGGUCCAAGAAGAAGGAUAUCGUUUUCUGGCGUGGAAUUGCAAGCGGCGGUCGCAACCGUGUCGACACCUGGACGGGAUACCAACGACACAGACUGGUAUCGAUGCUGAAUGGCACAGAAGUCGCGCUGACCAAUGGAUCGUCUCAUGGGAUCAACUUCCGUCUACCCGAUUACCAGUACUAUCAAGUGACAGCGGGUCUGGAUGGUGCACUUCCUGAGUUCUUGAAUAAGCAUUGCGACCUGGGAUUCCUGGAUCUCUGCUGUUUUCCGCUCGAAGGCAGUCCACAUUGCUCUUAUACUGACCCCUACUUUAAGCUCGUCAAAGGAAUGCCCAUGAAGGAACAAUACGCUUUCAAAUAUCUGCCCGAUGUAGAUGGCAAUUCCUUUAGUGGACGGUACCGUGCGUUCCUACUCUCCACGUCAUUACCUAUCAAAGCAACAGUUUACAAAGAAUGGCAUGAUUCACGACUGAUUCCCUGGGCGCACUUUGUGCCCAUGGACUCCCUCUAUAUGGAUGUUUACGGCAUUUUACAGUAUUUUAUGGGAUACAAGGGACGCGAUAGGCAUGACAAGCAGGCGGAGAAAACUGCUAUGGAUGGCAAGAGCUGGGCUGAGAAGGUCCUGCGCCAGGAGGAUAUGCAGAUCUACGUUUAUCGGCUGCUUUUAGAAUAUGCGCGACUUUGUGAUGAUCAGCGGGAUAGUCUCGCCUUUGUAGGAGACUUAAUGAAUAUUUAG